AUGACUGAAUUAGACAGGAAAAAACCGUUCUCGAGUUUGGAAAAGGAUUUAUUUUUAAAUAUCAUACAGAAAUAUGAUACUAUCCUAACCUGUAAACAAACAAAUGCCACGAGUGCUUUAAAAAAGAAGCAGUCAUGGGAGAAAAUAGAGGAGGAAUUUAAUGAAUCCUCUAUUGUUACUCAAAAGGCAUCUACUAAACAAUUAAUAAAGCUGUGGUAUUAUGAAGGCAAAAGCAAGGGAGUCUAA